AUGCCUCGCCUUGCUCUUGCCGCAGACCUGGACUGGAACUGGACUGGAACUGGAAGGAGCGCAACUGCCAACACCAGGUGCUUGCUUGCCUUUGCAGCAAAGUCACAGGUUGAUCGUGGGCGGGUCCUGUUUUCCAACUUUUCCCACCAGUUCUGCUUCCGUAAUCGUCCAUCCCUCCCUCCAUCUCUUCCGGCAGCUGUCACCGCGAGGAACCACGACCGAGAUCAACAUUUACCGGGUUUUCUUGCUCGUUUCGCCUCUCUACUGUUCCAUUUCAGGCCUUGCGCCUGCCUGCGCUACUCUACGAAAAGAUAUUCAGACGCCCAGCCAACUCCAUCAACCCACGUGCCGAGCUCGCGGCGAAUCCAGGCGGCUCCCACUUUGCGGACCGAAUACCCUGAACCACUGACACAACCAAUUCCCGAGGCGGCGACGGCGCCGACAAUUCGAGAACGUCGUGCCGUUCCCCGAGUGCGCCUCCACGAACACGAUCUUGCAACAACCACGUCCGCCGCGCAAUAUUCGCCGUAUAUACGCAUACACACAUUUACACGGCUGGCCAUGGCCGACGAUCGGCGGAACAGCUCCGAGAAACCACCCUCGGCGCGGGAUGGUCAGGACUCGAGCACAAGUCCCACUCAAACACCGACCCAAAUGCAGAACCAGAACCAGACGCAAGACGCCCGACCACCGCCCAAGAAGCGCAGACGCGUGGUGAUUUCUUGCACGGAAUGCCACCGACGGAAGCAAAAGUGCGACCGAGACCUCCCAUGCGCCAACUGCAAGUCGCGCAACAAACAGGAUGCUUGCAAGUACGAAACGGGCGCGCCCACAGCAAAAGACAACCGCAAGCCGGACGGCGAAGGCGCGAGAUCGACACAUGUCCAGAGCCUCUCCAAUGCCGCCGCGAACUGGGGCUACUCUCAAGCUGGGGCUUCCACUCUCGGUCUGAUGAGGAAAAUCGAAAGCGCCAACGGCGACGGCCAGCUGUCGCAUCUCGGCGGCGCGGCCCACGUCGAAGACCAGUUUGCGACCAAGGAACGAUACAAGUCGUUGAUCAGACAGCUGCCGGCGAAGGGUUACAUCGAAAAGCUCAUCGACGUAUACUUUCACGAGUUCAACCACCAGUACUAUGCGCUUGAGGAGGAUCUCUUCAAGGAACAGUUUGCCGAGUGGUCCAACAUCCCCUUCAGCGUGCUUUCCAACUCUGGUCCACAGGCACUCUCGCCCGACUUGCGAGUCUUUCCCGCGCUGCUCUUUCAGGUACUGGCGACGGCCUUGUUGACUCUACCGGAAGGGUCGCAAGACUUUUACGAUCAUCUCAAGUAUGCUGGGAACAUGACUUUCGAGGACCUUGCCGCGGACUACAGCGAAUCUGGCGUUGGCAUUUUGUCACUGCUUGGUAAGCGGCAAAUCACUCUCACAACAGUCCAGGCCGACUUUCUUCGAGCUGCGUUUCUCAAGUACAUGGCCAAGGUUACGGAAUCGUGGCAUGCCAUUGGUAGCGCUAUUCGAGAUGCUCAAGAGAUUGGCAUGCACCGGGAUAGCCUGGAUCCUUCCCCGGCCAGUGAUGACACUGGUGAUAUGCUCGAGAACAUGUGGCUGAUUCAGCGGAGGAGAAAGCUUUACAUGGUCCUCAUGACAUGGGAUAUCCACUGUGCGCUUGUGCUUGGACGUCCUGGCAGCAUCGACUGGCGUAUACUCCCACCCAGUCUACCAAUAGACGCGCCUCCGCCCAAAGACCGCCGCAAGACGCCCAUUGCGCCAAGGGAUGACGAGAGAGACCCUCCAACCCCGUUGACUAAGAGCAUAUGGGCUUUCAAGCUCGUCGGCCCAAUGCGCGAGAUCCUCGAGCUUGAGCACGACGGCCCGUGUCCGAAAGACUACUCCAAGGUCGACCGGGUACACCAAAUAUGUAUGGAACUCGACGAGGCCACACCUGCAUACUUCCGCCUGGAGAAUCCGGACACGAAAUGGGACGGUAACCCCUUGUGCUCCUCCUGGCUACAGUCGGUGCGGUUUUACCUACCGCAGAUGAAUCUUUUCAAUCUAAUGGCACUGCACCGACCAUACAUCUUUAACAGGCAAAAGAGUCGGACAGAGGCGCUCAAGGCCAGCAUUGAAAUGUUGCAUCGACAGAUGCUCACAUUUCAAGGCCUUGACGCUGGAUCAUGGCGAAAUUUCUCGCUGUUCUUUGGCAGCUUUGACGCAGUAGUGCUCAUGGCGUCGAUAUAUAUCCUGUUCCCCAAGGAGAACCUGGAUAUGGCAGGCAGCGCUAUGCAACACUUCCACUGGACAACGGAGAGGUUUGAAGCGAUGCAAGAGCGAAACCCUCUUGCAAAGGCGGCAAAGGGUGUUCUCCAGGCGAUAUUUAAUAAGUUUAAGAAAGCAGUAGGAAACCCGGCGCCACCAGCGAGCCUGUCAAGCCUGGCAUCCCAGACAACGCCGGCAUCGACGGCAGACAACAGCAGUCUUUCAGGCCGCGGAUCGGUGUCAACGGCAACAGCGGCCACGGCAGAUACGCCAGUGAGCAAGAGCAGUACGGUGGCGACACCAACCUCACUGCCCAUGGCAUCAGACGCGGCAUCGGCGUAUCCUUUGCCAUCCUCUGCCUCGGACUGGAACAUACCCAAUCACUGGGAUUUCACGUCGAUUGCGCCACUAUUCCCGAUGGGAGACCUCAUUUACCACGACCUCAACGGUAUACCGGACGACGGAUCUCUCCCUGCGUGGGGAGCAGCGACGCCGCCACCGCCGGUGGCUGGAACAACAUCAUUCGAAGGAGAUUUUGGGAAUGACAGUGUGUGGAACUUGCUAAACCAAAACAAAGGCCAUUUAGGGACAUUCAAGCCUGAGCCGCUCACCUUCAAGUUGGAGUAA